AUGUCGACCGUCACGCCCUCCCUCCUGUCCCUCGUCGAAAACACAGCCGAGACCAGGCUCGUCAGCGACGACGCCCAGCUCGCCGCCACGCUGGCCAACUCGGCGCGGCGCGGCCUGCCCCCGAUCAGCAUCACCCCCCUGCACGGGCAGCACCUCUCGCUCCUGGCGCAGCUGGUCUCGGCGCGGGCGGUGCUCGAGGUCGGCACGCUGGGCGGCUACUCGGCGCAGUGGUUCGCGCGGGCCGGGGCGCGCGUGACCAGCAUCGAGGUCGACGCCCGGCACCGCGACGUGGCGCUCGAGAACCUGCGCGCGGCCGGGGUGGACGGCGCCGAGGUGGUGCUCGGCGACGCGCUCGACGUGCUGCCGCGGCUGGCGGCCGAGGGGCGCGUCUUCGACCUCGUCUUUGUCGACGCCGACUGGGGCCGGCAGGCCGACUACUUUGACUGGGCGGUGCGGCUGACGAGGCGCGGCGGCGCGAUCUACGUCGACAACGCGGUGCAGAGCAUGGUCGAGGACGGCGAGGACGGCGUCACGCGCGAGGGGAGCCUGGUGGCGAGGGUUGGGCGGGACGAGCGGGUGCGCGCGGCCUUGGUGCCGACUGUUUCGGUGAGAAAGUUGGACAGCGAGAGCGAGUUUGUCGACGGGUUCUUGUUGGCGGUUGUGCUUUGA